GAGGUCCCCGAGGGGGCCGACCCCCUCGAAAACCCAGACCCCCCAGGCGGGAUAACCUCGGGGAGAGGUGGUGCGGGCGGGCUUUUCCGAGGGGGCCGGGUGGGCGGCGUCCAGCCCCGCGCUCCUGCGUAAACACGGUUCCCUCAGCAACGCGUCGAACCCACGUCAAAGGCUCCGCCGGGUCCGGGGCGACCGCCACUCCUCCCUCCGAGCCCGACUGCCCGCACAGGCCUCUGUCCCGCGCCCGAGCCACCCCGCCUCGGGCUUGCGGCCGCCUCCCUCGGUGCGGGAUGAACACAACCGCGGCCGCCGCGGGGCCCCAUGGAGGAGCAGCCGCCGCCGCCGGUCCGCCCGCCAGCGAGAAUGGCCUUGUGGGGCAGCCCGCACCCCGGAGCCCCCUCCGCGGCCGCCGCUCCUGGCGGGACUUCCUCCGCCGGGACGGCGGCGGCCGUGCUCUCCUUCGGCACCUUGGCGAGCGCGGCUGCCGCGGCGCUGGGGAACCAGAGCGACGGGAGCGGGGGCGACGGCACUGGCGCCUCGGCUGGCGGCGGCCUGGGCGGGCCCCGGGCGGCGGGGGCGGCGGGGAGGCCGCUGCUGUCGCACGGGGCGGCGGUGGCGGCCCAGGCGCUCGUGCUGCUGCUCAUCUUCCUGCUGUCUAGCUUGGGCAACUGCGCGGUGAUGGGGGUGAUCGUGAAGCACCGGCAGCUCCGCACCGUCACCAACGCCUUCAUCCUGUCCCUGUCCCUGUCGGAUCUGCUCACGGCGCUGCUCUGCCUGCCCGCUGCCUUCCUGGACCUCUUCACGCCGCCGGGGGGCUCGGCCCCCGCCGCCCCCGCCGCCGCCGCGGGGCCCUGGCGCGGCUUCUGCGCCGCCAGCCGCUUCUUCAGCUCGUGCUUCGGCAUCGUGUCCACGCUCAGCGUGGCCCUCAUCUCGCUGGACCGCUACUGCGCCAUCGUGCGGCCGCCGCGGGAGAAGAUCGGCCGCCGCCGCGCGCUGCAGCUGCUGGCGGGCGCCUGGCUGGCGGCGCUGGGCUUCUCCCUGCCCUGGGAGCUGCUCCGCGUGCCCCGGGAGCCCCCCGCGGCGCAGAGCUUCCACGGCUGCCUGUACCGGACGUCCCCGGACCCCGCGCAGCUGGGCGCGGCCUACAGCGUGGGGCUGGUGGUGGCCUGCUACCUGCUGCCCUUCGUGCUCAUGUGCUUCUGCCACUACCACAUCUGCAAGACCGUGCGCCUGUCGGACGUGCGCGUGCGGCCCCUGACCACGUACGCGCGCGUGCUGCGCUUCUUCAGCGAGGUGCGCACGGCCACCACCGUGCUGAUCAUGAUCGUCUUCGUCAUCUGCUGCUGGGGCCCCUACUGCUUCCUGGUGCUGCUGGCCGCGGCCCGGCACGCCCAGGCCGCGCAGGCCCCCUCGCUCCUCAACGUGGUGGCGGUCUGGCUGACCUGGGCCAACGGGGCCAUCAACCCCGUCAUCUAUGCCAUUCGCAACCCCAACAUUUCGAUGCUCCUGGGACGCAGCCGGGAAGAGGGCUACCGGACUAGGAAUGUGGACGCUUUCCUGCCCAGCCAGGGCCCGGGUCUGCAGGCCAGAAGCCGCAAUCGCCUUCGAAACCGCUACGCCCACCGGCUGGGAGCCUGCGGCCGGAUGUCCUCUUCCAACCAGGCCAGCAGGAUGGGAGGGGAUGUGGCCAUGUGGGCUCGAAAAAAUCCAGUUGUGCUUUUCUGCAGGGAGGGGCCCCCAGGGCCUGUGACAGCAGGGGUCAAACAACCUAAAUCCGUAGCCGGGGACACCAGCCUCUAAGAAGGGUUAGGAUGCACAAAUUUCGCCUUGUGAAGGCGAAAUUUCACCUGCUCCGUUUAAUGAUACAGGAUUCCGGGGAGAAUCGUGUUAUUUCACAAACCCAAACAUUUAAAAAAGAGACAGAGGGGGAGGCUUACCACUUUCCCCAAACGACGUACAAGACAAUGUGCCCUUCUUCAAAAGUGCCAAAUGUAAAAUGCAAAAAUUAAAACAAUAUCAAACCACA